CAAGAUACCACACCACCCUUUCGUGUUUAUGACACCGAAUCACCACAAAAAGGCCAUAACUACCACCAUCCAAAGUCUCUGAUCUGAAACACAAGCAAACAAUACGAACAAGCGAAAAUACGAUAGCAACAAACAAAUAGUAACCAAAAGAACAAACCACCUCCGAACCAGCCAAAACAUAACAAGAGGUGACAGCGGUGCCACAAACACAGCCAGUAACCCAACCAAACAAAAGAAAGCACAAAAACACAAUCCAACCUUUCCAACGCAGAGGAGACGAGCUGAAAAACACAAAUUGAAAACAAGAGUGAAGUGAAAAUGUCCCUCCCAUCUAUUGAGCAUCAUCAGAGAGUGAUAAUACCCAACAAAAAUGGUGAAAAACUUGUUGGAAUAUUACAUGAAUGUUCUGGAACAACGACCAACGACAUUGUUAUCUUAUGUCAUGGCUUUUGUUGCUCUAAAGACACUGAUCUCGUAUUGAACCUUGCUGUUGCAUUGGAAAAGGCACAAGUUAGUUCUUUCCGUUUUGACUUUUCUGGAAAUGGGGAAAGCGAAGGUUCGUUUAAGUUUGGUAACCAACGGACAGAGGUGGAUGAUUUACAUGCUGUUGCUCAACAUUUUCGUGAAUCAAAUCGUGUAAUCCGUGCAAUUGUCGGACACAGUAAAGGAGGUAACAUAGUGCUUCUCUAUGCUUCCAAAUAUCACGACGUGAAAACUGUUGUCAACGUCUCUGGACGUUUUGAUCUGAAGAGAGGCAUUGAAGAACUCCUUGGUAAAGAUUAUUUGGAAAGAAUUAGGAAAGAAGGUUUCAAUGAUGUGAAGAAGAGCUCUGGAAGUUUUGAUUACCGUGUUACUGAGGAAAGUUUGAUGGAUUGCUUAAGUAUAAAUAUGCAUGAAUCAUGCCUUCAGAUUGACAGAGAAUGCAGGGUCCUUACAAUUCACGGUUCUUCCGACGAAAUUAACACCGUCCAAGAUGCACACGAGUUUUCUAAGAUCAUACCAAACCACAAGUUGCAUAUCACUGAAGGAGCUGAUCAUCUAUACAAUAAUCAUCAAGAUGAAUUAUCCUCAGUUGUUAUCAAUUUCAUCAAUGAAACCAUUGACCACGACAAGGGUACUGCUAGCUAGGCCUGUUCUUGCUUGGAUAUGAACUCCUCAUCAUCGUAUUAUUUUAUUUUCCACGUGAUAUUUUACAUCAUUAUUUGCCUUUUUUUUUACCAACCUUCAUUUGACAAUACUGUGAUUAACUGGUUAAUUCAAAAACCUUCCUCGUGAUAAAUAAUCCGGAUGGAGAUAUAGGAAGAGGGUAAACUAGAUCGAUUUCUCUCCAAGUUUGAUGAAAUUACUUUGAUGCCAUAUUUACUUUUUGGUUAAAUCGGUCUUGGCGUUCUCAAUUUAGUCCAUGAGAAUAUAAAUAUUUCAAAUUGGUCUUCGGCUCCGUAAAAUGUUUUCUCAUAUUCAUCCUUCGGUUGAGGUGAGUUACCUUUGGAUAUAAAUGUCACCCACACUCGCCCGUUCCAAUCAACACAAGACCAUGAUAUGUCACUCGCAAGCAGUAAAUAGGAAGUUAGAGAUUGUAACUACUUUCAGUUAGUUUGUUUUUCUGUUUUUACUUUGCUUGUUAAGCAAGUUAGCUUCACCACAUGAUGUAUAAAUAACAAUAAGUGAAUGAGAAAUAACAAGUGGUGUAUUUUGAA